GAAAGAACAUAUUUACCGUGUGAAUUCGACUGAAUAGGAUCUUAAAACGUACGUCCUUCAAUAAAACGGUGUAGAUAUAUUUAACGUAAAAUAAAGUAUAAAUAAAGAGAGAUAAACAAUUUUUUCAUGUAAUUUGUGUGGUAUUUUAUUCGUUUAAUUGACAAAAAAAGUUAUUCGGGAUGUCGGGAGGAAGCCGGUCAGUUUUGGUGUGUAUUGAUGCAAGUGAAUUUGCAGAAAGAGCGUUUGAAUAUUAUGUACAAAAUGUUUGGAGACAGGGUGACAAUGUGAUCUUGGGUUAUAUACCAGAAUUUUACAAUUUUGAGUUUGCAAGUCCGAGAGUAAUUGAGCAAUUAUUAAAGGAAGAAUCGGACAAAUGCAAUAAGGUUGAAGAAAAGUACAAACAGAAAAUGACUGAACACAAUCUUUCAGGAAAAUUCAAAACAGACAGAGGAAAACCAGGAGAUGCUCUUUGCAAAAUGGCGCAAGAUGAGGGCGCCACACUUAUCGUUAUAGGGUCACGUGGUCUUGGGAAAGUACGGAGAACGCUUAUUGGAUCCGUUAGUAGUGACGUAUUACAUCACGCGCACGUGCCAGUUCUCGUCUGCAAAUAAAAACAGGUGUUCUAAAUAAAAAAAAUGUGUGUGCAUUUUAUAGAACUGUUCAUAUACCCAUUGACUAUGAAUUAGUUUAGUUCCAAGUAUAUUGUAGUAUUAGUAUUUGUUUAGAUCUAAUACAAUGUAAUGCAUUUUUAAAAAGCAAAAAAUCAAUAUUUCGUUAACUUCAAAUACAUGUAUAUUUGAUAUUGGUGACUUUAUGCGCAACAAGGGAUAACAAAAAACGGCAGUUUUGCACUAUCUUAUUUUUAAUGGUAGUGUUAUUUCUUAUCCAAAGGAAAUUAAUUCAUACUCAGAGUUUCAUACGAAAUUGGUCCCCACUCCCUUUUGAUUAAGCAUUGCUGUUCACGUGAAGGGAAGAAAGAAUAUGCACAUUUUUACGCCUAAAACAGUUAUAUAAGUGCCUUGUUUAUGCGUGCAUUUUAGUAUCUAGGAUCCUGCUAUCAAAUACAUAUGGUAUGUUUGUUGACAAUCACAGGGGUGGUGCUAUUCUUAUUAGGCAAUAAAUUAUAUGAUUUUGGCCGUACUAUAGUUAAUAUUCUCUUUGACCAUUUACAAGUAAAGUUUUUUGUUUUUGUUUUAGUGGUAACUAUAGCAACUACAUAUAGACUGAUCAAGCUUUUUAUUUUUAAUUAUUAUUGUAUUUUUUCAACCAGUAACAGUUUUUCCUAAAGUCCUUUUUUAAAAAAAAGAACUGUUUUUGUAAACGUGCUACAUAUGUACUUGGACAUUUCACUGUGACAUUAUAGUCUUUUUUAGUUGUAUAUAUGUAAUCAGAUUUUAUGCACAUAUUUUACAUAGUACUUUUUUAGUUGUCUAUGUGUAAUCAGAUUUUAUACACAUAUUUUUACAUACUUGAAAAAUAAACCUCAUAAAACGAA